GAAGGUAAAGUAAGUGGACCUCAGUAUCAUCAAUGGUGGAAAGAAGUACAAAAUCCCUUUACUCAUAGAGCCUUUAAGCCCACCGUUUUCUUCGAUUCCAUUUUUCCCUCUUUGCACAUUCGCCGGAAUCCUCCAUUGCUGCCGUUUUCCGAUGAGGUCAAGCCGCUUAUACUCGCUGAUUCGCUUUCUUUGAUUCCUCUGUUUCUCGAUUGGAACCUGAAGAAGAAGAAGAAGAGAAGAAGACGAUGUCAAUAUAUGAUUCCUCAUUCUUUAACACGGCGCUCUCUAAACGGACCUCCAUUUUCGGCCUUCAUCUCUGGGUUGUAAUCGGAAUCGUAGUCGGAGCCUUAAUAGUUCUCGCACUGUUUCUUCUUUCACUUUGCCUCACUUCUCGCAAGCGGAAUCGCCAUAAGAACAAAAUCCGUUUCCCUAAGUCCACAGCCGACCAUUCUCCUCCCAUUUCGAAAGAAAUCCAGGAAAUCGUCCAUAACGCGGUACCGGAUCAUCACCACCAUGUGCAGCCGGAGAUUCAUGUCGAGAUCGGAAAAUUAGAGCAUCGAGUUGUUUUCUCUGAUAGGCCGUCUAGUGGGGAGAGCAGAGGCGCUGUGAGUGAAACUGCUUCGCUUGGAUCUGGUACUGUUGGGCCUGAAGUUUCGCAUCUUGGUUGGGGCAGAUGGUAUACUCUUAGAGAGCUCGAGGCGGCCACUAAUGGCUUGUGUGAAGAGAACGUGAUUGGAGAAGGUGGGUAUGGGAUCGUGUAUUUAGGUACUUUGGGAGAUGGUACAAGAAUUGCUAUCAAGAAUCUCUUGAAUAACAGGGGUCAAGCUGAGAGGGAAUUUAAAGUGGAAGUUGAAGCAAUUGGAAGAGUAAGACACAAGAAUCUUGUCAGGCUGCUAGGAUAUUGCGUUGAGGGUGCAUAUAGAAUGCUUGUUUACGAGUACGUUAACAAUGGCAAUCUAGAUCAGUGGCUUCAUGGCGACGUCGGGGAUGUGAGCCCCUUGACGUGGGAGAUUCGUGUUAACAUCAUACUCGGAACGGCAAAGGGAUUAGCCUAUCUUCAUGAGGGUCUUGAACCAAAGGUUGUCCAUCGUGAUGUAAAAUCUAGCAACAUAUUGCUUGACCGUCAGUGGAAUGCUAAAGUAUCUGAUUUCGGGCUAGCCAAGCUUCUUUGUUCCGAAAGGAGCUAUGUGACGACCCGUGUAAUGGGUACAUUUGGGUUAGUUCCUAUCUUAUUAUCGUUUUUUACUUUCUAUCGUCCCUUAGAUGGAAAGUUAAGUGGUGGUGAUGAUGUCUACAGCUAUGUUGCGCCUGAGUACGCUUGCACGGGAAUGUUGAAUGAGAAGAGUGAUGUUUAUAGCUUUGGAAUUCUAAUUAUGGAGAUAAUUUCUGGGCGGAGCCCUGUCGAUUAUAGUAGACCUCAAGGAGAGGUCAAUUUGGUGGAUUGGUUGAAAGCAAUGGUUGGAGAUAGAAGAUCCGAGGAAGUGGUUGACCUCAAGUUGCCGGAGAAGCCUCCUUCCAAAGCUCUAAAACGUGUUCUGCUGGUCGCUCUUCGGUGUGUCGAUCCUGAUGCUUCGAAGAGGCCGAAAAUGGGACAUGUCAUCCACAUGCUUGAGGCAGAUAAUUUGCUGUCUAAUGAUGAAUACCGGGUCGGUAAGGAUGCUUCUCAUUCAACUCAAGGUAAUCAACACGGUCUGAGACGAGUUAACCAUCAGAAAGACGAAGGAACAUGUUCUAAUAUAAGUGAAGGUGACAGUGAUGGAAACAUUCAACAUCCAAGUAGGUGGAGAUAAUAACACACCACACUAGCACAAUUACAUGACUAACUCUUCAGUUUCAUCCAUUCUUCAGUUAGGUUGCUUUUCUAAUCUUCAAACCAAUUAGACUCAUUCUUACAGAAGCUAUAAGAAUCACCCCACAUCCCUUCUCGUUAGAUAUGCAGCGUCUGCUCGGUCUCCUCGAAUCCUAGUUGCUUCCUGUCUUGAUAUUGAUUUAACAAAACUUUUGCUCCUGUGAGUAUCCAAAUUGUCUACACCGACCAUUGAACAGCGUUUAUGUUUACAUUAGGCUCAUUCUUACAGAAGCUAUAAGAAUCACCCCACAUCCGCUCUCGUUAGAUAUGUGGUGUCUGCUCGGUCUCCUCGAAUCCUAGUUGCUUCCUGUCUAAACUUUUGCUCCUUUGAGUAUCCAAAUUGUCUACACCAAACAUUGAGCAGCGUUUAUGUUUACAUUAGGCUCAUUCUUACAGAAGCUAUAAGAAUCACCCCACAUCCGCUCUCGUUACGUACUCGGGGACAGCUCGGUCUCCUUGAAUCCUGGUUGCUUUCUGUCUUGAUAUUGACUUAACAAAGCUUGCUGGGUCACAGAGUUUGAUCAUCUUUUAGCCCUGUGAGUAUCCAAAUUGUUUACAUUAGGCUGCUCGAAGUUUCAUCCUAAGCUGGCUAUUGAUGCUUCUGAAAGGAUCGAUCCUUUGGUUUAUCUGCCGCCAUACAUUGUUCUUUCAAGCACUUUGCUUGGAGCAACUUUAUGGAGUGUUGUCGGUCUGAUUUAUAAAGAAGAUUUGAAUUACUUUGUGGCUGCUAACUCUGUAUGCAUCCAUUUGCAGAGAUGGAUCCCAAGUGUUAUCGACAUUCUCGACGUUAAGUCGAUAUAUUUAUUGACAAAUUUGAGGUUAUCUCGUCUAUAAUUCUUUUA